AUGUCUAUCGAUGCGGCCGUCGUCAAGAACGAGGAUAAAUAUAUCCCCACAAUUGAUCUGCGGGACUACUUCGAUGUCUCCUCAGAAGAAAAGAAAGCCAAGGUGAUUGAGCAAGUGCGGAAAGCAUGCCUGGAGCAUGGAUUCUUUCAAGUUGAAGGCCAUGGUGUACCGGUAGAGAGCCAGCGGCAAAUGUUCGCAGCCUGUAAGUCGCUCUUCGACCUCCCGUUGGAGAAGAAGACGCAGAUUUCUCUUUACAAAUAUUCGUGGCGACGCGGCUACGAGGGGCCGGGCCAGCAGCAGGCCAACGAUCCACACAAUGGUGACUUCGCGCGCGAUGCUAAAGAGGGCUUCUUUGUGGGGAAGGAACUUCCUCUGGACCAGGUGGACUUUGGCAAGGGCCCCAACGUGUGGCCGCCUCAGCUUGCAGAGAGCGACUUCCGCCGGCCAGUAAUGGAGUAUUAUGAACAUGCACACAAGGUCGGGUACAAAGUGAUGGAGCUUCUUGCUGUCAGCCUGGGGCACCCACCAUCGAUUCUCAAGGACUUUACCACGGACGCUGCAAUGUUUCUAAAGCUGCUUCGCUACCCGGCACACACAUGGACCGAUACACGCAAGUUCGGCUCUGGCCAACACACGGAUUAUGGCGGCAUUACUAUCCUGCUUCAAGACCCGGGUCAAGAUGGCCUUGAGGUAUGGCACGAGGCCACCCAGCAGUGGGUGGAACUUCCUGCUCUGGAAGAUAAAUUUGUCAUCAAUUUGGGUGACAUGGUCCAGAGAUGGACGGGUGGGGAGUAUAAGAGUACGCUGCACAGAGUCAUUAACAAGACCGGUGGCGAGAGGUAUGCUGUGCCGGCGUUCUGGCACGGAGACUUGGACGCAAAGAAUCCCUUGGAUCCGAAGGACACCAGCGACGAGACUGUGCUGGAAUUCAUCAAGAAGAAAUUCUAUAAGGGGUAUGGAUUGACGGAUGAUAAUUCAUCGUAG